AAAACAGAGAGUCACAAAAGAAACGAGAUCAAAGCCCAUCGUUUUCCUCGAGGAAAAGCAGUAAAUACCAAAUUAAAACCCCUCCAUCAUCCUCUUGGAGAGGCUAUAGGUAGUGGACGAGACUGUCGAAUCUCUUCCUCCCUUUUUUUUCCUUACAACUUUUUUUUUGUUCUGUUUUGUGUUGGUUCUUUCCUCUGUAAUGACGGUUUCAUAAACAAAAAACAAAAAACAGAUUCUGAAACCCUUAAAGCUAACACAUUUUCCACAGAAAAGGUUUCUCUUUUAUUGUUCUGUCUGUACGAGAGUGAGAGAGAGGUAUGUCUGAGCAGAGCACAGACGUGUUCCCAUGGCUGAAAUCGUUACCAGUAGCCCCAGAGUUCCGACCAACUGUAGCAGAGUUCCAAGAUCCCAUCGCCUACAUUUUCAAGAUAGAAGAGGAAGCUUCCAGGUACGGAAUCUGCAAGAUUCUCCCUCCCCUCCCUCCUCCUUCCAAGAAAACCACCGUCUCUAACCUCAACCGCUCUCUGGCCGCGAGUGCGUCGGCUCGCAACGGCGCGUGCGAUUACGACGGUAGCCCCGCGUUCGCCACGCGCCAGCAGCAGGUCGGGUUCUGCCCCAGGAAGCAGCGGCCCGUGCAGAGACCCGUGUGGCAGAGCGGGGAGCGUUACAGUUUCGGCGAGUUCGAGGCCAAAGCCAAGACCUUUGAGAAGAGCUAUCUCAAGAGAUGCUGCGGCGGUGGUAGAAAGAGCCAGCAGCUCUCUGCUCUGGAGAUCGAAACCCUUUACUGGAGAGCCACCGUGGACAAACCCUUCACCGUCGAGUACGCGAACGACAUGCCUGGCUCUGCAUUUAUCCCUCUGAGUCUAGCAGCAGCGAGGAGGAGGGAGUACGGUGGUAGCGAUGGAGGAAGUGUCGGCGAGACGGCUUGGAACAUGAGAGCGAUGGCUAGAGCGGAAGGGUCGUUGCUUAGGUUCAUGAAAGAGGAGAUCCCUGGUGUCACUUCUCCGAUGGUGUAUGUUGCUAUGAUGUUUAGCUGGUUUGCUUGGCAUGUGGAGGACCAUGACCUUCAUAGUCUCAAUUACUUGCAUAUGGGUGCUGGUAAGACUUGGUACGGCGUGCCGAAAGAUGCUGCUUUGGCUUUUGAGGAGGUUGUUAGGGAUCAUGGUUAUGGAGGAGAGCUUAAUCCUCUUGUGGCAUUUUCUACUCUUGGUGAGAAGACAACUGUGAUGUCUCCUGAAGUAUUUGUUAAAGCUGGAAUACCUUGUUGCAGGUUAGUGCAAAAUCCUGGAGAGUAUGUCGUCACUUUUCCAAGAGCAUAUCAUUCAGGGUUUAGUCACGGAUUCAAUUGUGGAGAAGCAUCUAACAUUGCAACUCCCGAAUGGCUGAGAGUGGCGAAAGAGGCUGCCAUACGGAGAGCAGCAAUAAGUUACCCUCCGAUGGUUUCUCAUCUCCAGUUACUUUAUGACUAUGCAUUGUCUCUAGGUUCAAGAGUGCCAACAAGCAUCCACGCCAAGCCGCGGAGUUCUAGACUCAAAGAUAAGAAAAGAAGUGAAGGAGAAAAAUUGUGUAAAGAGCUGUUUGCGCAGAACAUUAUCCACAACAAUGAGUUGCUCUUCUCUCUCGGAAAAGGAUCUCCAGUAGCUCUUCUUCCGCAGAGUUCCUCAGAUGUAUCAGUCUGUUCAGACCUGCGAAUUGGAUCACAUUUGAGUGCUAACCAGGAGAAGCCAAUCCAACCAAAAUCUGAGGUGGACUUAAGCCCUGGAAGCAAUACAGUCGGUCUGAAGGAAACUGUUUCAGUGAAAGAAAAGUUUACAUCUUUAUGUGGAGGAAGGAACAUAAAUCAAGAAACUGUGCCAGAAGCCGAAAGAAAGGAAAACGAUGGAGCUGUUGGACUUUCGGAUCAGAGGCUUUUCUCAUGUGUUACAUGUGGAAUCAUAUGCUUUGAUUGUGUAGCUAUAGUUCAACCAAAAGAAGCAGCAGCAAGGUAUCUAAGUUCUGCUGAUUGUAGCUUCUUCAGUGAUUGGACUGUUUCUUCCGGAUUAGCAAACCCUGGUCAGGAUGAAAGAUCUCUUGUAGUGGAGCCUCAUUCACAAAGCAUGGGAAAACGAGAUGUAGGUUGUAUAUACAGUGCUCCUGUUCAAUCUACGGAUCACUCAGUACUGACAAUUGAUCAAAGAACUUCAACAGCUUCUGGUGCUCUCGGGUUGUUGGCUUCAGCGUAUGGAGAUUCUUCUGAUUCUGAGGAAGAAGAACACAAAGGCAUAGAUGGUGUUACCAGUCAAAAUGGUGCUAGUUCACAUGAAGCACCAGCUUUUGGUACAGAUGGCAAUGAGGAGGCUACAACAGAUGGUCGAACUUCUGACCAUAGCAGCGAAAGACUUUCAUGUGGGAAAGGGAAAGGGGUUGCUGAGGGAUCAAAUGGCGGCAGUGCAUCAGUUCUUGAAGUAACUUUACCCUUUGUUUCAAGCUCUGAAGAUGAUUCCUCACGGUUGCACGUAUUCUGUCUUGAGCAUGCUGCAGAAGUGGAACAGCAACUCCGUCCUUUCGGAGGGAUUAACAUAAUGUUACUAUGCCAUCCAGAGUAUCCUAGGAUAGAGGCUGAAGGGAAGGUUAUUGCCGAAGAGCUUGGAGUUAACCACGAAUGGAAUGAUACUGAGUUCAGGAAUGUGACUCGAGAGGAUGAGGAAACGAUUCAGGCAGCGUUGGUAAAUGUUGAAGCUAAGGCUGGGAACAGUGACUGGACUGUGAAAUUGAGUAUUAACCUUUCUUACAGCGCUAUCCUCAGCCGCUCUCCUCUGUACAGUAAGCAGAUGCCUUACAACUCCGUCAUAUACAAUAUGUUCGGUCGCAGCUCUCCAUCCACAAGCUCACCCACACAACACCAAGAUUCUGGUAAAAGAUCUUCCAGACAGAGGAAGUAUGUUGUUGGAAAAUGGUGUGGUAAGGUUUGGAUGUCACAUCAGGUGCAUCCCUUUCUGCUGCAGGAAGAUUCAGAGGGGGAAGAAACUGAAAGAAGUCAUCUGCGAGUUGAGGAUGUCAGUGGAGAGAGAUUGUUACCUUGUAAUGUUGCUAGAGAUGCUGCAACCACAAUGUUUGGAAGAAAGUAUAGUAGGAAGAGAAAGAUGAGAGCAAAAGCUGUGCCACGCAAGAAGCUUACCUCUUUUAAGAGGGAAGAUGGAGUUUCUGAUGACACGUCAGAGGAUCAUUCUUACAAGCAGCAGUGGAGGAGGGCUUUUGGGAAUGAGGAAGAAAUGUCUGAUGAUUCAUCAAAUCCAAUGUCUGAUCAUCUUAAGGGAAUUCGCCGAGACAAGGGUGUUAGAGAAUUUGAGUCAGAUGAUGAGGUUUCAGACCGUUCAGAUUCAGAUAGCUCAAUGGACAGAGAUGCUUUGGAGGAUUCUGUAUAUGAUGGUCAUAAUGAUGAUAAUAUCUACAAGCACCCUAGGAGCAAGCGAGCUAAAGUGAUUAGGAUUCCAAUUUAUCAGCAAAGGGGAAAUAUUCAAGCUAGUCGAAUAGGUAGUGACUAUGAUUCAGAAGAUGAUUCUCUGGAAGAACAAGAAGGUUUCAGCACAAGGAAAAGGCAAACCAGGUCCACAUCUAGACGUAAAGUAAAAACCGAGAUAGUUGAGAGUCCGAGAGACACAAGAGGUCGCCGCACUUUGCAACAGUCUGGAUACAGAAAGAAGAUUCAAGAUUUGGAUCCGUACAUGGAGGGACCUAGCACACGGCUUAGGGUGAGAAUCCUGAAGCCCUCAAGAGUGUCUUCAGAGACAAAACCGAAGAGAGGAAGUAGUAAUGCUUCCUUCUCUAGAGGUCUAAGUGAAGAAGAGUUAGAGGAAGAUGGUGAUGAAGAAGAAGAGGAAGAGGAAGAGGAACGUCCUGCUGCUGCUUCUGCGUAUAAAUGCGAUAUCGAGGGCUGCACGAUGAGUUUCAGUUCUGAAAAACAGUUGUCUAUGCACAAAAGAAACAUCUGCCCUGUUAAAGGAUGUGGUAAAAGCUUCUUCUCGCACAAGUAUUUGGUUCAACACCGGCGUGUUCACUCGGACGACCGUCCACUGAAAUGUCCAUGGAAGGGAUGCAAGAUGACGUUCAAGUGGGCUUGGUCUAGAACGGAGCACAUAAGGGUUCACACAGGGGAGAGGCCUUAUCAUUGCGCUGAACCGGGUUGUGGUCAGACAUUCAGGUUUGUCUCAGAUUUUAGCAGGCACAAAAAGAAGACGGGUCAUUCAGCUAAGAAGACCAAGAAAAGGUGAGAGAGAUUGACUUACACUUUUUUUAACAUGGAAUCUAUAUGUGAAGAGUAUUAUUAAAUCCAUUGGAUUGUAAGGAGAGAAUUAGAGUGGUUUCUUGUUAACAAUUGAGGACAGGCAUUGUUGUUUCAGACAGAAGCUCCUUUUGUUACACUCUAAAUGUCAUAUCUUCUUUACUGUU